CUCAGCCAGCGGGUUAGGGGGCGGGGGUUGGGGCCGAGCCUGCCCCUGUCCCAGACCCGGAUGAGCUGGGUGUCGAAGCGGGAAGCCAGCGGCGAUGUUGGGUCUGGGGUUGCGGCUACGAGUGACGCUGGGACCAGGCCUUGGGUUGCCUGUGAAGGAUGCCUUUCAAAGUGCGGCAGUUGUUUUCGGGGUCCGCACACGUCACCAUGAGAAUGCGGUGGGGACAGGGCGAUGCCAUUCCUCGCAGUGGACGGGUCAGGAGUCGAUGGCGGACAGCGACCCUGAGCUGUGGAAACUGUUGCAGAAGGAGAAAGACAGGCAGUGCCGUGGGCUGGAAUUGAUCGCCUCUGAGAAUUUCUGCAGUCGAGCCUGUCUCGAGGCCCUUGGUUCCUGCCUCCAGAACAAGUAUUCCGAAGGAUACCCAGGAACGAGGUACUACGGAGGGACGGAAAUCAUCGAUGAGGUGGAACGCCUUUGCCAGCGCCGGGCACUGGAGGCCUUUCACCUCGACCCCAGCCUGUGGGGUGUGAACGUCCAGCCCUACUCGGGCUCUCCUGCCAACUUCGCCGCCUACACCGCCAUGCUGAACCCACACGAUCGGAUUAUGGGGCUGGAUCUUCCUGAGGGGGGACAUCUCACACACGGUUACAUGUCUGAUGUGAAGCGGAUUUCAGCAACAUCCAUCUACUUUGAAUCAAUGCCAUACAAACUGAACCCCACCACCGGACUGAUCGACUAUGACCAGCUGGCCCUAACCGCCCGCCUCUUCCGUCCACGACUGAUCAUCGCUGGAACCAGCGCAUACUCACGGCUCAUCGACUACAGCCGUUUCCGACAGAUCUGUGAUGAGGUGAAGGCUUACUUACUGUCCGACAUGGCCCACAUCAGUGGGCUGGUGGCAGCCAAGGUGAUUCCUUCUCCUUUCGAGUACUCGGACCUGGUCACCAGUACCACGCACAAGACACUCCGCGGAGCCCGCGCGGGCCUUAUCUUCUACCGCAAGGGAGUGCGUUCAGUGGACAAGAAGACGGGAGCUAAGGUCAUGUACGAUCUGGAAGAGAGGGUCAACUUUGCCGUCUUCCCUUCGCUGCAAGGUGGCCCGCACAACCACGCCAUCGCAGGAGUGGCAGCAGCCCUGAAACAGGCGAGCUCCCCGAUGUUCAAAGAAUAUUCCCAGCAGGUCCUAAAAAAUGCAAAGGCCAUGGCAAAUGCCCUGCUGAAGAGGGGCUACACUUUGGUAUCUGGUGGAACGGACAAUCACCUGGUCCUGGUGAAUCUGCGACCAAAAGGGCUGGAUGGAGCCAGAGCAGAGAGAGCAUUAGAGCUGGUGUCCAUCACAGCCAACAAGAACACCUGUCCCGGGGACAAGAGCGCCCUCUCACCCGGCGGCCUCAGGCUGGGAGCCCCUGCCCUGACAUCAAGGCAAUUCAAGGAGGCUGACUUUGAGAAGGUGGUGGCAUUUAUCGACGAGGGAAUCUCCAUUGCCUUAGACGUCAAGAAGAAAACAGGGAACCUGAAGGAGUUCAAGGAGGCUCUCCUCGCAGAUCCUGACGCCACAGCCAAACUCGCCGAUCUUCGGGGGCGCGUUGAGGAAUUUGCCAGGAGCUUCCCCAUGCCAGGCUUCAAGGACCAUUGAUGAAGGGUGGAGAUCCAGGGGAGAGGGUCACAGAGGGAGGAGGGACCAACCAUUAGAACCCACUGAUGGAGGCCAACCACCGAGGGAUGGGUGAUAUCCGGCUGAAUAUCCCUUUUGGAUAACUGACAUCCCAACUUCCCUCCCUCAUUCCCUUCCCUCUCCAACUUCCAUGACCCCACUUUCCCUCCACAUACCUCUUUCUCACUCCCACCUCCUUCCCCACAUCCCUCUUUUUCCCCCUCCCUCUCCCUGUUUCUGUACACAAAGGUCCAGAAAUAAAAUCAAAAUUGCAUUUUCCCCCGCAUUAAAUGACUCGAGGGCUGAUUCUCUGACAUAGCGCGGUGCUAACCCCUCACCCAUCUCCGCCUCUUUCCCCCUCACUGACCCCACCCCUCCCAUAACACAAA